AUCGAUUAGAUGAAAAGUGUCUCUGGAGCUGCAGUCAGGGAACACAUGCCAGAUUCCAGACUUAAUGUGUACCAUCGUUAGUUGCCUUUGAAUCAGUAACCGAACAGUAAUCAGGACGCAGACACGCCGUAUCGUCGUCAAAAUGUGGCAGUUGCGCAACAUGUUUCACACACUUUGACGUAUUUUGUCAUAUUUUGUUGUGAUCUUGUAUCAUGGACUACAUUUGUCUGGCAUCUGCUCAUCACGUGAUGUGAGCUGAAAGCAAAGCAAAUUUAUGUUCAACUAAAAUGAAAGUGAAAGUAUCCUGAGUGACUCGUUCUGCGACACGAAGAACCAAGGCUCGGUUCACUAAUGAAUAGUCAUGGCUUUAAUCUUAAAGAUACUUAUUUACUUCUAUCUGUCUGCAGGUGUGCAGAGCGUCCAUCAGAUAACAUGGCUACCCUGCCAUUUCGUUGAUGAAAAUGUGACUCUGAAUAAUAAGAGUCAUGUUGUCACUCAGACACUCCACAGAGUGGCCACGCUGCAGUUUGGUGAAACAGGAAACUCUCCUGUUAAUCGAGGAGCUGUCACCUUCCUGGUCACAGGAUCCAAGCUGGACCUGCGGAGGUACAUGGAGGGGGUGGGGGCAGAACAGGUGGAGUGUGAGCUGCGUCGGUACAGUACAGAAGGAAUCCAUGUCCGCUGGCCUGUCCAGGGGGCUCAGGGCUACAACCGCUGGUUCAAAUGCACCCUCAAACACAUUAAAGGACUUUUCACCAUCACCGGCUUCCUCAGGCACCCAUCGGACCAACCUCCACCAGGAGAGCACGACUACCUCCACUGGCCGACUAUCGCAGAUGGAGAGACACUUACUACGACAGUUGCCAUGGUUGUUAAAACACAGUCUCCUUCAGUGAAAGCAGCCCUGAAGUCCCAACAAAAGCUCCACUGUCAGUUUGCCAUCGACCACAAAGCACCAAAGUUCACUGUGGAGUGGCACCGACUGCUUUAUGGAAAAAUGGUUAAACUGUUCAGCCAUAACAGCAGCUCAGGACGGACUGAUGGGAUUGGUGUUAGACUGAAGGAUCUAGCAGAUGGAGAUGCCUCCUACAACCUCCACUCCGCAGAGAUGAGCAGUGAAGGCAAAUACAUUUGUUCAGUGUCAGUGGCUCCAGUUUUGGUAGAUCUAGACGUAAAUCUGGACAUUGAAGAGCGUCCCAGAGUUUUCCUCAACGUUGAACCCACUCUGUCCAUGCAGGAGGGGAAAGCCCAGAAGAUAGUUUGUGAGGCAGAGGGCUACUACCCUCUGGAUGUGCACGUAGUUUGGUACAAGCAGAGAAUAGUGAUAUCAAAUCAGACGGUCAACACUCCUCUGCCCAAAAUGCUGGCAGUCUUCAGGCAGAACGGCCACAAACUCAACAAGGACCACACCUACUCAGUCUCAUCUUUCUUCUACCUUGAGGCUUCGCUCAGUGACUCAGGGAAGGAGUUUACAUGUGGCGUCUUCCAUCAGUCUCUGAGAGAGCCCAUCAAAAUUAGCUUCAUCCUGAAUGUUGAAGAGCCAAUCAGCUGGUUGUUUAACAUCAUUCUCAGCCUCACUGGGAUCACACUGAUUGUCUUUCUGUAUAAGACGCGCUACCGUCGUUCAGGAAGAAGACAGACAUCACAGAAGAGACCAUUUGGAGGAGUCUCUGUGGUCUGAGAAGAACAUCACGGUGAAGGCGACUGUCUCCAUCACUCCUCUCCUCAUUCAUUGCUAUCUCAGGUGCUGCAGGUGUUUGACUUAAAAAAAUUUUUGGUGAAAUUGGGUUCUUGGGUUCCUGUGUAACUGAAGAUUUGUUUGUAUGUUGCACUGAUUUUAUUUAAUUGUAUGCAUUGCAGUAGCUUGAUGUUGAAGUAUAGUAAUUGUAUCUGUGACAAAGGCAAUCAUUUACAAAACUGGUGUUAGUGGAACACUUGCAGUGUUUUGUUUUGUUGUUUUUUUUUACCACCAGUAGUGCCAUGGUGCAGUGGUUUAGCUGUAUCUGCACACAGGAAACAUGACACUCAUUCUGAUCUACAGGUGGUAGAUCAGGAACUGAUCAGAGAAUCAAAGCAGUUCUCCAAAAUAACUGCUGGGUACUAAACAUGAGUGUCAAAACUGGAGGAAUGAAAAUGUUUAUAAAGAUUAGCUUUGAUGGUUUUUACUAGUUCUAAUAUUUAAACAAGGAUGUUAGACCUUACAGCCACACAGGAUGUGUUUUGGUCAGAAAUCCUGAAUGUAACUUUAUUUAUUUACAAGAAAACUUCACACGUCACCUUUGAUGAAAUUUUGCUGAAUACAUAUAAAAUGUUACAAAAUCUGCUCAGUUAUUGUCAAACAAUAUAAAAAGAAAAGGUAGAAAGAAGGUGUAACUUCUCAGAAAUGAAAGUAAUUGUACUAAUAACCGGAUUGAUUAAUACAGUUAUUUUAUUUUCGCGUGUUUUUCCGACUGUUUUUGUAAAUAAUAAAAGGAUUCUUGGGAUAAGAAAACAA